AUGGCAUGCGGAAUUUCAAGCCAGUUGCUACCCCGUUUAACCGCUGGUUUCUUCCACCAAGACUGCAUCAGCUGCGGAUUUCAAAAUCUGACAAGAAAAGGUCGGGAAAGCCGUUUGGUUGAUUCUUGGGACACGAGUACGCCCGCAACCCCGGGACCUAAUAUGAACAGGUCCUCAAACGUCUGGUUCGCUACCUGCUGGGUACCAUUGACUAAUGCAUUCCGUUUGACUAACAACUUCCUCCGUUUUGCCUUUCACUUUGCCGACAGUCCUAUUUCCUGA